GGCGUUUAAAUUCCGUCCCCCAAGGCAUUCAUUUGUAAUCAACGUAAUUUGGCCCAUCGUGUAUUCCCCCACUGCGGACUUCAAGAAAUGGACAGGCACGACGAGCUACAACUGCCACAGAUGUCCGACUUAAGUCUCGGCGCGACGCUCCAGGUAGAACGGCGAGCGUCUUCUGAUCGAAUGGACAAGAUGAUGAACAGUGCAACGCUACCUCCGCCUCCCGCGCCGACGUCGUCGUUCGGAUUCAACCCGAGUGGGGUUCCUGGGAGCGGCACGUCACAGCCGAUCAUUGCGUCGUUGCCCAUGGAACUCAUGCCGCCUGGAUCCGCAAAGAAGCCCAAAUUGCUCGUCCUUGGCAUGGGUUACACCGGUUCCCGCGUCGCCUUGGCCUUUCGUGAAAAGCUGGGCUUUAGCAUUUGCGGUACCGUGCGCAGUGCGCGCGCAAAACUCGACUUGAUCGGAAAAGGUAUCAAACAAGUGUACUUUAUGGAUAACGGUCAGCUCGAGAUCGAUUCCUUUCGGCUCUUGGAAGACGUCACCCACGUGCUCAUGUGCAUACCGCCUCGUCCAAGCGCCGACGGCGUCGACUCCGACAGCAAGGAUUUGGUGCUGGAAGCCCUACACUCCGAGCUGAAAAAGCUGUCGACGCUGCAAUGGAUAGGCUACGUGUCGUCCGUGUCCGUGUAUGGCGACAGCGACGGUGCCACGAUCGACGAGACAGCGCCGCUGUUGGCGGGCACAUGUCGUGGGCUGUUGCGCGUUCAGACCGAAGCACAAUGGCUGCAGUCUGGUCUUCCCGUCCACGUCUUCCGUGUCGGUGGCAUCUACGGACCCGGCCGCGGCGUGAUCGCGCAGAUCCAGCAAGGAGUCGCGAGGCGGAUCGUCGAUCUCCCAGACAAAGUGUUCAACCGCGUUCACGUCGACGACAUUGUCAACAUCCUCCUGCAAUCCGUGGCGCUGCCGAACCCCGGCAGCAUCUACAACGUUGUGGACGACGAGCCUGCGACAGGGUUUGACGUCGUAACGUACGCGUGCGGGUUGAUGCAGGUGCCGCCACCGUCGCCCAUCUCGUGGGCAGACGCCGAAGCCACCAUGUCUGCGAUGGGCAAGUCGUUCUUUGAAGAAACCAAGCGCGUGUCCAACGCCAAGGUCAAAGCCGAACUGGGCGUCGCAUUCCUCUACCCGACGUACCGCGAAGGCCUCGCGGCGCAGCUGGCACAAGAAGCCGACGACGACAUCCUUCCAGCCUCCACAUCCCCGCACGCAGCACAUCCGUCUCUGACCAGUCGGCGUCGUGGGAGGACACACGUGUGCUUUGUCGUCAACCGCGGCGCAUUGAAGACGGAGCCAUUCUUGGACCUGCGCGCCGUCUGCGCCAACCUCACGCGUCGGUUCGACGGGUGCGUGCAGUUCGUGCCCGUGAGUUGCUCCUUGUCGGACCAAAUUCCGCCGUCGCAGCUCCACGGCGAACCGGCGCAGUUGUUUGAUGCGGCGCUCGCAGCUGUCACGUCCGCCGCCGCCAUGGGGCCGCUGGACCUGGUCAUCCUGCCGCUGUUUAUCGGCAACAGCGGGGCCAUCACAGAAUUCAUUCCGACCACGAUCGACGCUGCGCAGAGGACCCGAAGUGCCCACAACGUCCCAGCCUUGCGGUACUCGAUGGGGCGCUGUCUAGUCGAUAUCAGCAAGCCAUCCGACAACCGCGUGGCGAGAAUACUGGCUCAUAAAGUGCACGCGCUUUGCACUAAGCACCAAGACGCGGCGGGUGGGGUGCGUGUCCUCGUGGUAGACCAUGGCACGGCCAACAAGGAAGUGCAUCUGUCGCGCGACUUGAUUGGAUCGCAACUGGCCAAACUGCUCGGGAAUACGGUGGAUGCCGUCGAGACCGCUAGCAUGGAAGGCCUUGGGAAGGACUUUAACGAACCGCUGCUUGCCACCGCCUUUGACCAGUACGAGAUGCACUCGGGGCUUGUGAUCGUCGCGCUCUUGUUCUUAUCAUCAGACCAGCACACGGGCGCCGGCGGCGACAUCGACGGAAUUGUCCAACGCAUCAAGGCCUCCCAUCCCAACUUGGACGUGGCGGUCACAUCGCCGUUGGGGUCGCACCCGAUUCUGACAGACAUGCUCACCGAUCGGUACUUUGAAGCCAUUAAAGACUGGUGAUAAGCAGUUCAAGUGACACACAUAAUCAUCCUUGAACAUUGUGUCGUACGGCAUGUCAUUAAAGCGAGGUCAAGACACGACUGUCAUAGAUUAGAAGAUUAGAGAGGUAUUUUAAAAAAGCCUAUAUUACUCAAGAUAUUUAAUUU